CUCUAACAACUGGUCAAUUUAAAACGUGACAUGUCGAGAAAGAGAGAGAGGAGCUCCCUCCCGAGAAAGUUCGUCAUAACUUUAGCAGAAGAGAGAGAAAGAGAAAGAGAAAGAGAGAGUCGUAAAAGCUGUGGACUUCACAUUAACGAUCACAAAAGCUUUUUAGUCUUUGGAGUAAAAAUUUGUGUUCUUUUGUUCGUAAAACAAUCCGAUUUUAUCUUCUAGUACAAGCUGAACUAAAAUGGGUCUUGCUUCUCAAGAAGCAAUCAAUCAGUUCAAGGCGUUAAUGGACCAAGUUGACGAGCCUCUAAAAAGAACAUUCAAGAAUGUUCAUCAGGGAUAUAUAGUUGAAACCUUGGAGCGAUUUCUCAAAGCAAGAGAAGGGAAUGUUACAAAAGCCCACAAAAUGUUGGUAGAUAGCUUAAACUGGAGGCUGCAAAAUGGGAUAGAUGAGAUUUUAGCUAAACCGAUUAUUCCAACUAAUUUCUACAGAGGAGUGCGUGAUUCACAGCUGAUAGGAGUGUCUGGUUACACGAGAGAUGGGCUUCCAGUGUUUGCUAUUGGGGCAGGUCUCAGCACAUUCGACAAAGCAUCUAUCCAUUAUUACGUGCAAUCACACAUUCAAAUCAAUGAAUAUCGGGAUCGUGUGAUUUUGCCAACUGCAACAAAAAAGAAUGGAAAAUAUAUUGGCAAGUGUGUUAAGGUUUUAGAUAUGAGUGGCCUAAAACUAUCUGCAUUGAACCAGAUAAAGCUACUGACAACAAUCUCAACUGUUGAUGAUCUUAACUACCCAGAGAAGACAAUUACAUAUUAUAUAGUAAAUGUUCCAUAUGUAUUCUCCGCUUGUUGGAAGGUUGUGAAACCACUUCUGCAAGAACGAACAAAGUUAAAAGUUCAAGUAUUGCAAGGAAAUGGUCGUGAGGAGCUUUUGAAGAUAAUGGACUAUCCAUCCCUGCCCCAUUUCUGCAGAAGGUCAGGGUCAGGGUCAAGUUCAGGGUCAGGGUCAGGGUCAGACACCAUUUCUGACUGCUACUCAUUGGAUCAUCCUUUUCAUCAGGAGCUUUACAGCUACAUGAAGCAGUUGUCAGGUGUCCAUGAGCCCAAAGAACCUGCAAAACAAGGAUCAGUGCAUGUGGAAGUGCCUUUGGGAGACCCUGAAAAUGAAGAGAUACACAAAACACUUGAAUCCGAAUUGAAGAAGCUUCGAAACCGUAAAAGUCUCUCUGGGUCCUUUCAGAAUUUCAAGAUUGGCGAUUAAGGUCCCUCCAUGUUUGUGUUUCGUGUGGUUUAGUCCUUAGUAGCUUCAGCCUUCAAGUAUAUUAUUUAUGCAUCUCUUAUCACUUAUCUAGGUAGGUAUUUUGCAAUAGAGAUGCUUUAGCAAUGGAUAUAUAUUAAAUAUCUCAUCAUCCUAUUGCUUCUGCUUGUAUUGCUCAAUCAAAAGUUUGUUUUCAUGUAUGUAUAUUAUAUGGGGUAUUUUAAGUUCUAGUUUAUGUUGCUUGGAUCUUUAUAUCUUGUAACAAUCACCUAAAUGGUACUUUUCACCUUUGGGCUAGUGGUUAGUUUAUGUAACAAUGUUUAUUAGUAUAAGAAAAAACAUGCAAAUAUGCUGUA